AAACGAGUACUCCUAGGGUUUUAAGUUUUUCUCUGCAGACCUUCUCCGUCGUUCGCCGUAUCCCCCAUUACCCUAUCCCCUUGAAUCGAAAAUGGUGAAAGGACGCCAAGGAGAGCGCAUCAGACUCUAUGUCAGAGGAACCGUUCUCGGAUACAAAAGGUCGAAAUCGAACCAGUACCCAAGCACUUCGUUGAUUCAGAUCGAGGGAGUGAACACUAAAGAGGAAGUGGAUUGGUACCUCGGAAAGCGCAUGGCGUACAUCUACAAGGCUAAGACAAAGAAGAACAACUCUCACUAUCGCUGCAUUUGGGGUAAGGUUUGCAGGCCUCAUGGAAACAGCGGCGUCGUCAGAGCUAAGUUCAACUCUAACUUGCCACCUAAGUCUAUGGGAUCUAAGGUCAGGGUUUUCAUGUACCCAAGCAAUAUAUAAGUGAGGCAUCACGGAGUAGAUGAUAAGAUCAAGGUCGUCGGAUGCUCUGGAAGGCUUUAUACCUAAUCAAGGAUGUCUGAUGGAAGGAUCUUCAUUUACUAGUUAAGACUUAAAUUGUGGCUUGCGCUUAGUGGAGUUACAUUCUUAGUGUUUUGUUUAUCACUUCUGAGUAAUACUGAAAAUUUAAAUCUAAUUAGAUGUGGCUAGUUUUACUCAUGGAGUUCCCUAUAAUGUUUUGUUUGUUUUUGAAUCUAUCUGCGAAGUUUGUAGAUUUGGUUUUACAACUGAAUGGCUGCAAUGUAGUGGGUGGCAAUUUUUCACUUUGA